AUGACACGACGUCUUCUAGUUCUUGUGUUUAUUACUUUAACAAUCUUAGUUUGUAAGAUAAAUUCUCACGGUCAUUCUCAUGAUCAUGGACAUGGACAUUCUCACGAUCAUGGACAUGACCACGGACACGUACAUGGACAUGGUCAUGCGCACGACGACGAACCAGCUUCAUUUAAAUAUUCUCGAGAAGCAAAUGAAGCCUAUGCUCCACCACAUUAUAAUGAAGGAAGUGAUAGUGACGAUGAUGAUGAUGUUGAAAGAGCUGAACCAUUUUCUGUUAUGACUUGGGCAUUAUUAUCAACACUUGGAAUUAGUAUAGCACCUGUUAUUAUUCUAUUCUUUUUUAAUAUAACUAAUAGUCCAAAAGAUCAAGCAUAUUUAAAAAUUCUUUUAAGUUUUGCAUCAGGUGGUUUAUUAGGUGAUGCAUUUCUUCAUUUAAUACCUCAUGCAAUGUUAGCCUAUGGUGAAAAAGGUGGACAUUCACAUUCACAUUCACAUUCACAUGGUCAUGAUCAUAAUCAUUCAGCUGAUAUUCAAGUUGGUUUAUAUAUUCUUGCAGGAAUAUUUCUUUUUCUUAUUGUUGAAAAAUUUGUUCGACAUGUCAAAGGUCACGGACAUUCUCAUGCACAUGCUCAUGAAAUAGCUGCAACUGUGAUGCCAGAUGAUAAUGAUGAUGAUGAUGAUAAUGGUAAGAAAAAAAAGAAGAAAUCAUCGGAAAAACCCAAAUCAAAAACAGGUUCAGAAGUAAUACCAAAAACUGAUAUGAAAAUAUCUGGUUAUUUAAAUUUAAUCGCAGAUGGUCUUCAUAAUUUUACUGAUGGUUUAGCUAUUGGUUCAACAUAUUUACUUGGACGAAAAGUUGGUUUAAUGACAACAAUGACAAUAUUUUUUCAUGAAAUUCCACAUGAAAUUGGUGAUUAUGCUAUUUUAAUUCAAAACGGAUGUAGUCGAAAAAAAGCAAUAUUAUUACAAUUAACAACUGCAAUUGGAGCUUUACUUGGUUGUUUAAUUGGUCUUUUAUUUCAUUCAGCAGGUGCAGAAGCAUGGGCAACACAAACAUUUCUUCCAAUAACAGCUGGUGGCUUUAUUUAUAUCGCUACUGUUAGUGUUAUACCAGAAUUAUUGGAAACAAAUAGUGGGUUUAAACAAUCAAUUAAAGAAAUGCUUGCACUUAUUUUCGGUGUUUUUAUUAUGGUUCUUGUUGCAAUAUACGAAUAA